AUGGCAUAUACGUCCCGCCCAACUUCCAUGCUGGCCCCUGGGACAUCAGCAGCGUCCCUUCGACAACCAAACGGUGCCAUAUCUCAACAGCAAUCCUCAGUUUUGGCGGCUCGCAUUGCGUCAAAAAAGGCUGAGUUGGAUAAUCUUGUCCAGCUCCGUGACAUGAGCAAUGGCCUCGCAAGACAGAUGGAGGCACUUCGAACUAAACUGGAAACACUCAAAGAUGGUACAGAGGCGGUGGCAUGCGUACUUGCAAAUUGGGAUAACGUCCUACGGGCAAUUACCAUGGCCUCAACUAAAUUGGCAGUGCCCAAAGAUGCGGUGGAGCAAGAAGCGAGUGCCGAUAAAAAAAAUGAUACGAACUUGCCCUUGCCAGCGACCUUGGUUCGAAUUCCCGCAAUUCAACAAGACAAACCCAGCGAAUAA